AGAAGAAAGCACGUCAAACAGUGACGAAAGAAGCUGUAAAUUUUAUUGUGAUGUACUGGGAGUACAGGCAUUAAACCGGCCAACAAACUCCUAGCAACACGGAUCAGCCUGUGAAGGUCGAGCAGUAGAACAGAAGCGGUCAGAAGCGUCAGAAGUGACCAGCGGGCAGUAAAGGAAGCAUGGGUUGUGCGGUCUCCUUACCUAUCGUAGCUGCUGCUUCAGUAGCGUGGCUGCUGUAUUCUUAUAACUUUGAAGCAUCUACAAUCUGCCGGCUUCUGCGAAGGCACAAUUUUUCAACAGUUUCAGCAAAUCAAGCGGUGUUCAUCACGGGAUGCGAUUCAGGGCUUGGCUAUUCAUUGGCCCUGCACGCCCAUAAACUUGGAUUUACGGUGUUGGCCGGCUGUCUGCAUCCUGAUGGAGAAGGAGGCAAGCAAUUGCUGCAGUUGUGCUCUAAGAGGCUUCACGUGCUGGGGCUUGAUGUCACUAGCGGGCCCAGUGUACAUGCAGCACUAAAAGCAGUGGAGAAUAUUCUGGCGCGGGACAAGUUUCUUGAACUGAAAGCUUUAAUAAACAAUGCUGGUGUUAUGAUAUUUGGUGAAUUUGAAUGGUUGACGGAGCAGCACAUACAAAGCCAAAUUAAUGUGAAUCUACUGGGAACGAUGCGGGUCACUAAGAGCUUCUGUCCAUUGCUUAGAAAAUACAAAGGUCGCAUAAUUACAAUCAGCAGCCACUGUGCAGCGGCCAGCCUGCCAGGUCUCUCUGUGUAUGGUGCCACCAAGGCAGGCCUGGCUGCAUGGUGUGAUGCUCUCCGUGUCGAACAGGCCAAGUAUGGUGUGCGUGUCAUCUCUUAUGUUCCAGGAAGCUUCGUGCAGCACAGCAAUAUCAUGGUCCGACAACCAGAGUAUGCUAGGGAGAUGGAAGAAGCAAUGACACCUGAUGAUCAUCAAUUUUUUGGUGACUAUUUCAGAAGGUACAACGAAUACUUAUGUGCUAUACCAACACCAGGAAGGCCAGUUCCACUCCCAGAUGACAAGAUACACUCUGUGUUAGAAGAAGCACUUCUGUCUAAAUACCCAUAUUCCAGCUACACAAAUGAAACUCCUCGAUAUAAAUGGUAUCAUUUUAUGUUCAAAAUCUCCCCAGCUUGGCUACGAGACCGUCUUGUGAAGAGAUUCAUUAAGAUGCCUGAAUUCUAAAACAAACCAAGUACGCUAGAGCACUGCUGAUCAGGAAUGGGACACACACUUGGUCCAGGCCAUGUUUGCUGUGUCCGGCUGAGGUGGUGUCCCAGACUUCCUUCUGCUCUCCUUCACCUUUCGGCCUUUCCCACCCAGAGGGCAGUGAUUUUAGACCUGUAUAGGAAAGUUCAGGAUCAGCAAGGCAAGUCCCUCCCGCUAAAUUCAAAACUCCAUCAUAAUCAUUAUAAGCAACUUCCAACAGAAAUUUUGUAUUGGAGCUGGGAUAGCUCAGGCAGACUAUGGGCUGGAUGGCUGGGGUUCAAUUCCUGACAGAAGCAAGAUAUUUU